CCCACGGCCGCUGACGUCGUCGCCGCCGCCUCCACAGCCUCAGCAGCCGUGGACGUCUUUUUCUUUUUGCUCUUCUUACGCAGAGAGGGUUUUUUUCUCUUUCCUCCACCCCCUCUCGUCUCUUCGUACUUUAACCGACUUUUGCGAGCCACACCGCAACCCGUGCAGAGAUGGCGUUGGAAGGAGGAAUGGCGUGCAUCAAGUACUUGGUGUUUCUCUUCAACCUGUUGUUCUGGUUGUCUGGACUGGGACUUAUCAUUGUGGGCGCCAUGGCUCAGAUGCAUAUCGGGGCAUUCAGCGUGGUGACAGGUAACCUCAGUGGUGCCCCCUACGUCAUCAUUGCAGUGGGAGUUGUCAUUUUUGUGGUCGCUGCCUUUGGUUGUUGUGGGGCUCACAAGGAGAGCUACUUCAUGGUGGCUACGUUUUCAGUGUUCCUCUUCUUGAUAUUCGUGGCGGAGCUGGCUGCUGGGAUUGGAGCCUACAUAUUCAAGGAUCAACUUAGAGAUGUAGUGGAGACCAAAGCUAAGGUGGUUAUAAAUGAGUAUCCCACCAAGAACAAGGAUCCUGUGGAUAACAUGCAGAAAGAGCUUCAAUGUUGUGGUGUAGUCCACUACCAGGACUGGUUUAACAGUACUAAUUGGGUUACUAGUGACCCCAACAAUCCGAAUAGUGUCCCAGAUUCAUGCUGCCGCAAUGUGACAUCUGGCUGUGGCCAGGACAUCCGGUUCAAGAAUGCCACAGCCAUCAUAUAUACUAAGGGUUGUGUGGAGAAGCUUGAGGCAACAAUGAAGGAAAACAUUGUCCUUGUUGGUGGGGUGGCCAUUGGCAUCGGGUUUGCACAGCUCAUUGGCAUUAUUCUUGCUUGCUGCCUCAUGCGUGGCAUCAAGAAUUCUUACCAGGCUGUCUGAGGUCGGCUUUCUCCGACGCAGCUUAAUGUUUCUUAAUUUUUCUUUUUUGAAGUUAUGCCAUAGAUUUUUGUUGCUUAGUGUCCUUGUUGCUAAAAACAUGAGUUUAUGCCGCAUACUGGUGCAUGCUUUUUAUGUUUAGCUCAAUAGAUUACGUAUUUGAAACCAUAGGAAUGCAAAUCCAUGUCAUACCUUGUGGAUUUUUAUACAUACAUUUUAUGUAAAUUGUGUGGUUGUAAGGUUUUGUUUUUGAUGGAAUAUCAACUUUGAACAUUAUUUUAUUGAAAAUUGAGCAUUUGGUUAGUUUUGUUCCCAUAACGUAUCAGACUAGUGAUGUUUUGCUUAGUAGUUUUAAUAAAGAUAUUAGGCAUAAAAUAUUUGUAUCCAUCCUUGAAAAAUCAUAAAAUGUUUUAAUGAGUAUUAUAUUCUGAUUUUAUAGCUAUGAAGGGUUUAGCAUUCAUGAUGAGCAGCAUCCAGAGUUACCGUUAUUCCACAUUUUUCUUUGCUUUCAAUGUACGUGAAAUGUUGCUAUAAAUUCUGUCCACAGUUCUUUCCUUCUCACUCACAUUUUUGUAACUUUUACUGUUAAUAUUUUAACCUUUCUUAACUAACACCAGUUCCUUCAUGUUUACUAAUAAGUUUUUGCAUGCUACUUUCUGCAUUUCUAUUCUUUAUCUUUGCAGAUGAUCGGCAUAGCUCUUUCAUGCCUCCUCAUGAAGGCAAUCCGAAGCGACUAUGAAGUGAUGUGAGGUGGCCAGCACCACUGCUUAUACUAACUCUUUCCAGCUGGCAUACCCCAUUUUUUAAAUAUAUAUUCGAAUGAAAAAUAUGUCCAGGAAAAGACAUUGAGCAAAAUCUCUCAUUUUGCAGUUUGCCUUGAAUGUUCAUGCUUUAUAAUUUCAAAUAGGCUAUCAAUUUAAUAUAUUGAUCACGUUUCUAAAAAAUUCAAAAUAGUUUAAACCUAUAAUAUCAAGAUAAAUCGAUUGUGCAGGUGUCCAUGGAGAAUCACGUUUCUAAUUUAAAUUACUCCCUAACUUAAAUAUUUGAAUAAUAACGAAAUUGCUGAAUGAGUUAUAACAUUUUCACAUUUGCUGGCUUAUCCAUAGUGAGCGAAACAAACUUCAUGUAAGUGAUUCCUGGAAUAGGAUAGACAGUAAUGGUUGGAUGAAGCUGCUGGGUUGUUGGUCAGAGUUAAUUGUCACAAGUGUUUCAGAGAAUAAGGUAAUUUAGGCCAGAUAAGUUAUUGUUUUCUACAUUUGUGACAUUAAAAUAAAAUAUACUGGCAUUUUAGAAUGCACUGGAUGGCUACAGUCCGACUAAUGAUGUACUUUGUAUUAAAAUGGGUCUCGACCAAUGUGGUCUUCAGAAACUAACCAUGCUUUAUAUUCAUUAAAAUGGGUAUUUGUUCAUUCCAUGUAUUGCCUUCUGAUUGGCUAGUCACUUUAUAAAUAACAUGUUUGUAUUGCACGACAUGUUUUGGAAGCAUUUUCCGCAACAUCUGCUAUAUAUGUUGUAGUUUGCUUCAUCAUAGGUAAUUGUUAAUGUAAUGGUUAAUAUUAAAGAAUAAUACGGUUUAGUGCAAAAGGUGCAUGUAAGUUUAUCAGAAUAUGAAUGUUAUUUUGGCUCGCAUGCCUUUUCUGAUUUAUACCUUCAUACAGAGUAGGUCGUUGGUUGAAAUUCGUUUUAUUUUCCUCAGUGUAUUUCUUAUGCUUGUUGAAACACAGUGCCUGGAAUUAUGGUAUAUAUUUUAUUUGCUCUUCGAAGUGGACCAAAGUAGAUUAUUUUGCAGACUAAGUUUUAUAUUAAACUUUUUCUGACCGUUAACUUGGUAACCACAGCUCUGCUUUGCAAUGAAUAUCUGCCUUGUAAUGGCUUUUUUGAAAUGUUACAGCUGCAUGCAAAACUGGGCUUGGACUUUGCCAUGUCUUCUUGUGUUUAGGUAUUGUAAAGCUAUAGGAAAUAAAAUAAUUUGUGCCACCUAAA